AUGCGGCCCUUCUAUGGCCUCAUCGCAAUCGAAUUUUGUCUGACCGUCGCAUUGCUCACGUUCACGGGCAUCGCAGCGCCGAACUUAUAUCGGACGAAGCUCUGGCAGGACGGUGCAGACAAUGGUUUCAACUCAAGUCCAGUCGCUGGGCUAUACGCAGCUGCCAAUUACCGGCCCUACACCACGCCUAGAUGCUGGUCGCAAUUUAUCACGAACUACAACCUCGUCGUCGCCGUUCUUUCGAUGUUCUUGAUGCUCGUGAAGGGCACUACGUUUAUGCUUCAUGUCCUGCCUCCAAUUGUUUCGACCAUCCUACACGCCAUCCUCAUAGCACUAUAUUCCGUGGCUGCAGCGUUUCAAGCCAGCUCAGAUACCACCGACCCGCGCCGACCACAAAAUGGACCUCCAUGGUAUAUCACUAAGAACUGUUCUGUGGCGCACGACAAGACUUUAGUCGGGUACUGCCAGCAGGCGAAAGCCACAUUUGCAUGUUUCGUUGCGAUGUUGGGAGUUUUCACCUUCUACUUCGGACUCUCAUUAUGGUCGUGCUUUCCCUCAAAGGCACACAGAUUAGAGUAUGAAGAGAAGCAAAGAGCGAAGAAGCUACGUUGGGCACACCUGGACGAGCCUGAUCCAAGAUCUGCCGAUUCAGACUACGCUGUGCCAGACACACCCGGUGUUCAGCUGGGCAUGAAUCCCGUCACACCUAGGACUUUGGCAUUUAAUAAGCUCGGCGGUACGAGGGACCUCCCUCUGCGUGCCAGGGACACUUCUGACACUAGGACGUCGACGUUUGCAUUGAGAAGUCCUGGCAUUUUGAGAACACCAAUGCACCUACGGUCCCCGAGGGAGAACAAGGAAGUUGCAGUUGUUACGUCGGAGCCAUCAGCCUCGCCAGACCCGGAAGCUCAAAUGUAUUUUCCUCCACCACCGAAGGAGAGCAUCGGGAGAGGCAGAUGA